AUGGUCCCCGUCUUCCUAGACGAUGAGAGUGCUACCAAUCACUACGAAGGCUACUGCAAAACUGUGCUGUGGCCUCUGUUCCAUUAUAUCAUGUGGAACGACGCAACCGAUGGUAGACGAGAAGCUCGCGAGUGGAACGCUUACCACCACGUUAAUCAACAAUUUGCAAAGGUUGUUAUUGAAAAUUACCGUAAAGGCGAUAUCAUUUGGGUCCAUGACUACCAUCUACUUUUGCUUCCUGGUAUGAUUAGAGACCGUAUCCCUGAUGCUAAAAUUGGUCUGUUUGUCCAUGCACCAUUUCCAAGUUCAGAAAUUUUUAGAUGUCUGCCGAAGAGGGAAGAAGUGUUGCGUGGCAUGGUCGCUGCUAACCAAAUCGGCUAUCAGACCUUCUCCUACGCAAGACACUUCAUUUCAUCCUGUACUCGAGUGCUCGGCUAUGAAUCGACCCCUAAUGGUGUGUCUGUGGACGGGCAUCAUUGUCAAGUUGGAACCUUCCCCAUUGGUAUUGAUACAGACAAAGUGAAUCAGCGACGAAAAUCACCUCGCGUCGACGAUACCAUCAAAGCCAUCGGCGACCUUUAUGCAGGAAAGAAGAUCAUUGUUGGUCGCGAUAAGUUGGACUUGGUGAAGGGUGUACAGCAAAAAUUGGAAGCGUUCGAAUACUUUUUGAGCCACUAUCCUGAGUGGCAUAACAAAGUUGUCCUUGUGCAAGCAACCGAUCCAGCUAUUAGCGACAGCGCCAAAUUGGAGACUCGAGUAUCGGAAAUGGUUGCUCAUAUCAAUGGUACCUACGGCUCUCUCGAAUUCACCCCACUCCAUCAUUUCCACCACUUCAUUCAGCCAGACGAAUACUACGCUUUGCUCUCCAUUGCGGAUGCAGCCCUGAUCACAUCUGUCAGAGACGGAAUGAACACUACUAGUUUUGAAUACGUCAUGUGUCAAGAGGAGAAGCAAAGUCCACUCAUUUUGUCAGAGUUCACCGGUACGGCUGGUAGUUUGUCCGAAGCGCUAUUGGUCAACCCGUGGGACCAUGCCGGUGUCGCCAAAGCUAUCAAUGAUGCUCUUUGCAUGUCUGAAGAAGAAAAGAAGCUUCGACACAAAGUCAUGCAUGAUCAUGUCAUCUCCCAUAAAGCGGAAAAUUGGGCUCAUUCCUUCAUGAAGAAUCUUAUGUCAAGCAUCGCCACUGAAGAAGAGUCUGCCGAUACCCCUCUUUUGGACACCAAGUUGAUGUAUCAGCAAUAUCAAAAGGCUCACAAGCGCCUUAUAUUCUUUGAUUACGAUGGUACUCUCACUCCCAUUAAGAAAACCCCCGGAGCUGCACUUCCUCCGAAUGACAUGCUUCAAUAUUUGCAACUUCUAUGUGAUGACCCCAAGAACAUUGUAUGGGUUAUAUCGGGACGCGAUCAAUCUGCUCUUGACAAAUGGCUAGGAGGUAUUCGCAAUCUUGGAUUCAGUGCAGAACACGGUGCCUUCAUGAAGCAUCCCGCCAGCGACAAGUGGAUCAACUUGACGGAACACAUGGACAUGAGUUGGAAGCAUGAUGUGAUCGAGAUUUUCACCUAUUACACGGAACGUACGGCUGGUUCCUUUAUUGAGCACAAGCGAUGCUCUCUCACAUGGCAUUAUCGCUUGGCUGAUCCCGAAUAUGGAGCUUUCCAAGCUAAGGAAUGUCAGAACCAUUUGGAGAAUGCUGUGCUUUCCAAGCUACCGGUUGAAAUUCUUGUAGGCAAGAAAAAUCUCGAAGUACGACCCACCUCUAUCAACAAGGGUGAAAUUGUAAAGAGAUUGUUGGCGGCCAGUGAAGAUGCAGAUUUCGUCCUAUGCGCCGGCGAUGAUAAAACAGAUGAAGACAUGUUUCGAACUCUCCGAAAGUCUAAUAUCCCAGACGAUCAAUUGUUUUCUGUCACCGUCGGUACAGAAAAGAAAACCAUGGCUCUCUGGCAUAUACCUACAGUCCAAGACGUGAUUGAUUCAAUGGGCAAACUUGUCGAAACUAAUAGAUCUUAG